CCGAGUAUCCGAGUUUUCAACACCUUGUAAACAAAAGCACAAAGUGAUUAUAGACAAACUUUUCAUAAAUUCAUCAUAUAGGAGCAAAGAAAUUGAACCAAUUUUUCCAAGUUGGGGUAGCCAUGGCCACUCCUACGGCUUACCAAGAGCACUUACCUGCAUCACCUUAUUGGUUAAACAAAGGAGAUAACGCAUGGCAGAUGACAGCAGCAACUCUGGUUGGUCUUCAGAGCAUGCCAGGGCUUGUGAUCCUUUAUGCAAGCAUAGUUAAGAAGAAAUGGGCAGUGAAUUCAGCUUUCAUGGCUCUCUAUGCCUUUGCAGCUGUUUUAAUUUGUUGGGUGCUUUUGUGUUACCGAAUGGCCUUUGGAGAGAAACUCCUUCCUUUUUGGGGUAAGGGUGCUCCUGCACUAGGCCAAAAGUUUCUCACAAAACGAGCCAUGGUUCCUGAAAGUACCCAAUAUUACAACAAUGGCACUGUUGAAACACCAACUGAAGAACCCUUUUUCCCUAUGGCUUCCCUUGUUUAUUUCCAAUUCACUUUUGCUGCUAUUACACUUAUCUUAUUGGCUGGCUCUGUCCUUGGAAGAAUGAACAUCAAAGCUUGGAUGGCUUUUGUGCCACUUUGGCUAAUUUUUUCUUACACUGUUGGUGCCUUCAGCCUCUGGGGUGGUGGCUUUCUCUAUCAUUGGGGUGUCAUUGAUUACUCUGGUGGCUAUGUCAUCCACCUCUCCUCUGGAAUUGCUGGCCUCACUGCUGCUUAUUGGGUUGGACCAAGGUUAAAGAGUGAUAGGGAGAGGUUCCCACCAAACAAUGUGCUGUUGAUGCUUGCAGGUGCUGGUUUGCUUUGGAUGGGGUGGUCAGGGUUCAAUGGUGGAGCACCAUAUGCAGCAAACAUUGCAUCUUCUAUUGCCAUGUUAAACACUAACAUUUGUGCAGCCACGAGUCUCCUUGUAUGGACCUCUCUCGAUGUCAUCUUCUUUGGGAAACCAUCUGUGAUUGGAGCUGUUCAGGGCAUGAUGACUGGCCUUGUAUGCAUCACCCCAGGAGCAGGGCUAGUGCAAUCGUGGGCGGCUAUAGUGAUGGGAAUAUUAUCUGGGAGCAUUCCGUGGGUGUCCAUGAUGAUUCUUCAUAAAAAGUCAAGUCUGCUCCAGAAGGUAGAUGACACCCUUGGUGUAUUUCAUACACAUGCUGUGGCUGGUCUUUUGGGUGGCCUCCUAACAGGUCUCUUUGCAGAACCAGCCCUUUGUAGACUACUAUUGCCAGUGACAAAUUCAAGGGGUGCAUUCUAUGGUGGAGGGGGUGGUAUUCAGUUCUUGAAGCAAUUGGUGGCAGCCAUGUUUGUUAUUGGAUGGAACUUGGUCUCUACCACCAUCAUUCUCCUUUUCAUACAAUUGUUCAUACCCUUGAGGAUGCCGGACGAGCAGCUAGAGAUCGGCGACGACGCCGUCCACGGCGAGGAAGCUUAUGCUCUUUGGGGUGAUGGUGAAAAAUAUGAUCCAACCAGGCAUGGUUCCUUACACACUGGCAACGCUACAGCAUCACCUUAUGUUAAUGGUGCAAGAGGUGUAACAAUAAAUUUAUAAGUCAUUGUAGAGGUUGUGCUUGUGUUAUGGGUGUGCUGCUUUGCUCACACAUAUGUGUAAAGUUUAUCUAUACAUGAUAUGAUUAGCAUAUGUGAUGAUUACAUAGAUGGUGUAAGUAGAAUUUUGAUUUUCGUGAAAGAAAAUUUCAAGUUUUGAUAUCAAUAAGGUAUUGCUUUUUG